AUGGAUUUUUUUAUUCUAGCUAUGCAAGCGAAGAAACAAGAAAGCUCCACAUCCGCCGCCAAGAAAACCAUUGGAAACUCUCUCUCAAUGUGGGAAGUGGAAAGUUCUGAUGAUGACGUCGAAAUGACUGAUUCUGCGCCUGAAGAUGACAAAGAUGUUGAAAUGACCGACUCUGCAUCGGACGACGAUGACGAAAUGGCCGACUCUGCACCGGUUGAUGAUAUCAAACCAGAGAAAAGUUCGAAUGACUCGAUUAUCAAAACCAACAGCAGGAAUGCUUCCAAAAAUAGUAACAAUACACGCGCAGGAACCAAUUUGUGA